CGAACUCCCUGAAUAGAGCUCAGUUUGCCGUUCAACUAUGUCAGGGCUGAAUUUACUGUUCAUUGCCCUGCUCAGCCUGAUGAUGUCAGUGGCCUGGACUUUCCCCAGUCAGUCCUUAAAUGUGGCGAACACGUCGUCAACGAGAAAGCAGAUCAUCAAAGAUUUUGUGGCUAAAGUUCAGGAAUUGAUAAAGAUAUUAAUGCACGAUUUGUUGAAACUUCCGGUUACGAGAUAAGAUUAAUGUAAAUAAAAGUGUAUUGUUUUCUAAA